GGGCAUUCGACUUGUACAGUCCAGAAUUAAAUUCAUUCACAGCAGCAACAACUUCAACCCUGUGUGUGUUGAGAAAUGAAGGAGAAAUCUCCUCCUUGUCCCUUUUUUCUCGCAUCCUCUCUUCGCUCCAUACUUUGUUGAGGUUGUUGCUAUGGAACUCAAUCCCACGCUUCUUCAAUUCCUUCUCCUCCUCUUUGCUGUUGCUGCUUUCACUUCCACUGCGACACUUAACGAGACUUGUGGUCACUUUGAUGGUUCAUUCAAUAGAGACACUAAAGCACCAUGCCCAAAUGGUUGGGUUAUGGACCCUAAUAAGACCAAGUGUUUUCUCCAUGUUGGGAGGCCUCAAUCUUGGAAUGACUCAGAGACAUGUUGUAACAAAUAUGGCGGACAUUUAGCAUCAUUGGCUUCGCUUCAGGAGCUACAUUUUGCUCAAAGUCUAUGUGGUGAAUCCAUAAAUAGUUGCUGGAUUGGUGGAAGAAGACUCAACAACACUAUAUCAGGUUUUCAGUGGACGUGGUCUGAUAAUUCUCAAUGGAAUAAGUCCAUGUUUCCUUUGGCUAAUGUUCCACUUAAUUGUACUGGAACUGGACAAUCCUGUGUUAGGAACAUUACAGAGAAUGUAUGUUCCGUAAUGACUAAUAAUUCAAAAUCUCUCAUCAGUGAGAGAUGUGAUAAUCCUCACGCUUCUCUAUGUAUACUUGACAUAGAUGCGAAAUGUAACCAUAUGCACUGCCACAGGGACUAUCUAAUCAUCCUUGCUGUGGUGAGUGGAUUGAUACUCUCAACAACAUUUGCAGUGGUUGUCUGGCUUCUUGUAUAUAAGAGGGGCAAGAAGAGAAGACGAUCUAGAAAACUAACUGAUCCUGCCGCUUCACUUCCAUCAUGGAAAGUCUUUACCAAAGAGGAACUAAGGUCAAUUACGAAAAACUUUAGUGAAGGAAACCGUCUUGUUGGGGAUGCCAAGACUGGCGGUACUUAUAGUGGGGUCCAACCAGAUGGCUCAAAGGUUGCUGUUAAGAGAUUAAAGAGGUCAAGCUUUAAGAGGAAAAAGGAGUUCUAUUCUGAAAUUGGCAGGGUUGCAAGGCUUCGACAUCCAAAUCUGGUGGUUGUGAUGGGCUGCUGUUAUGAUCAUGGUGACCGCUACAUUGUUUAUGAGUUUGUAGCUAAUGGUCCCUUAGAUAAAUGGCUACAUCACAUACCAAGGGGUGGUCGCAGCUUAGAUUGGGCUAUGAGGAUGAAAAUUGCAACAACGCUUGCUCAAGGAAUUGCGUUUCUGCAUGACAAGGUUAAGCCGCAAGUUGUUCACCGAGAUAUACGAGCUAGUAAUGUGCUGCUUGACGAGGAAUUUGGAGCACACCUUAUGGGUGUUGGCUUGUCCAAGUUUGUGCCAUAUGAAGCAAUGCAUGAGAGGACUGUGAUGGCUGGUGGAACUUAUGGAUACCUUGCUCCGGAGUUCGUGUACAGAAACGAGCUUACAACAAAGAGUGAUGUUUAUAGUUUUGGUGUCUUACUACUUGAAAUAGUUAGUGGACGUAGACCGGCACAAGCAGUUGAUUCUGUGGGUUGGCAGAGUAUAUUUGAAUGGGCUACACCUCUUGUUCAAGCUCAUCGAUACCCUGAACUGUUGGAUCCUUAUAUAUCUUCCUCGUCGACUAGUAUCAUCCCAGAGACUAGUUCUAUCCAGAAGGUGGUUGACCUCGUUUAUUCAUGCACGCAGCAUGUCCCUUCUAUGCGCCCUAGAAUGUCGCACGUUGUUCAUCAGUUGCAACAGUUUGCCCAGCCACCUGUAAAAUAAAGCUAAUUUAGUUGCCAUGACUGAGAUUUUAAAUUGUGGUUGCAUUUGUCUGUUACCUCACAAUCCUUAAGAUUAAAAAACUGCAGAAAAAUUUAGCUGAUACAACUGCAAUUAUGGUCGUAAAGAUACCAAAAUUCUUGACUUUGCAGCCGCUGACCGUAAGUUAAAACCUUGUCUGGAUUUCAAGUUUUUGUAUUUAUAAUUACAUAGUUGAGAAAGUUUAUUGUGUAAUGUAAUAGUUAAAUAUGUACUCUAACCUGCCCUUCUUUAGGGUUGAAAUUAGAUUUGCUUAAUUAUUAGGUAGCAAUAGCUAGGCUGCCAGGAAAAUUGUGUAAAACAUACAUGUAUUAUUGUGCAAGGUAGAAUUUCUACUAGAAUUUGUGUGUGAA